AUGCAGGACUCCAAGGAUGACAUCGACGUCACCAACAUCGACCAAACGGCCGAGCAAAAGAAUGUAGGAACACUCCAACGACGACUCAAAUCCCGGCAUGUCCAAUUCCUGGCACUCUCGGGGGCGAUAGGAACGGGGCUCUUCGUCGGGAUGGGACAGGUGCUUUCUCUGGCUGGUCCGCUGUCCGCAGUACUCGCCUAUGCCAUCACCGGCGUGAACCUGUUCGCUGUCAUCAACAGCAUGGGCGAGAUGGGGACCUGGCUGCCACUAACGGGGGCGGUGCCUGUAUUCGCCGCUAGAUUUGUGGACGAAGCGCUGGGGUUCACGCUGGGAUGGAACUACUGGUAUCAGUUUGCCAUCGGGGUGCCGAUCGAGAUCAGCGCCGCGGUAAUGGUCAUCGAAUACUGGCCCAACGGGGUGUCGACAGCGGCGUGGAUCACCAUUCUCUUCGCGAUCAUGGUCGUGACCAAUAGCCUCCCGGUGCGGGUCUACGGCGAGGUGGAAUUUGUGCUCGGGUCGAUCAAACUGCUGACCAUCGUCGGACUGAUGAUCCUCAUGUUCAUUAUCACUCUGGGCGGCGGACCCAACCAUGACCGGAUCGGCUUCCGAUAUUGGGUGCACCCAGGGCCGAUGCUCGAGUAUCUUGCGGAGGGGUCACUAGGACGGUUCCUCGCCUUUUGGAAGGUGUUUAUCCAGGCGACGUUCAGCUACGGCGGCAGCGAGAUGGUGGUCGUCGCAGCCGGAGAGACGGAGAAUCCCCGGCGCAACAUCCCCAAGGCCGUGCGACGAGUGUUCUGGCGAAUCGCCAUUUUCUACGUCGGCAGCGUUUUCCUAGUUGGGCUGUGUGUUUCUGCCCAAGACAGCCGACUCCUCAACGCCAUUGAGAACAAAGCAGCCGGCGUCGGAGCCAGCCCGUUCGUCAUCGCCAUCGCGAACAGCGGCAUCCGCGUGCUGCCGUCGAUCAUCAACGCUGUCGUGCUGACGUCGGCUGUAUCAGCGGGCAACUCGUUCUUCUACGCCUCAACGCGCAUCCUCUACUCGACAGCGUUAGACGGCAAGGCCCCCCGGUUCCUCACGUACGAGAAGUUUGGCGUCCCCUACGCCUGCGUGGCCGUGACCAGCGCUCUCAGCUUGCUCGUCUAUCUCAAUGUAUCCGCCAGUGCAGCCGAGGUCUUCUUCUGGAUUAGCAACCUCAGCUCGGUGAGCACACUGAUCGUGUGGGCCUCCAUCUCUAUCACCUAUGUGCGGUUCUACCGUGGACUCAAGCACCACGGCAUCGACCGAUCAACGCUCCCGUUCAAAUCACCAUUUCAGCCGUACCUGGCGUACUUCGCCAUCGGGUUCUCAACGAUAGUCGCCUUUUUCAACGGAUACGAUGCUUUCUUCCCUGGCAGGUUCAGCGCCAAGAGCUUCGUGCCGCCGUACAUCGAUAUCCCGAUCUUUGCUUGUCUGUUCCUGGGAUACAAGAUUGUCAAGCGGACCAAAUUCGUGCGACUGGAGGACAUGGAUCUCUGGUCUGGGAAGGCGGAGGCAGACCGAUUGGAGUCGGUGUGGGAGGAGCCCAAACCUCGCAAUUUUCUAGAGAGAAUAUGGUUCUGGAUUGCGUGAGGGAAUCGAG